AUGGCAAUCGAUUGGACAAUCGUGGACGAAAUACGUCUUUUUAGAUGGGUAGCUCAAUUCAAACCCGCAGGGAUACAUAAACAUUUUCACAUGUUAUGUAUUGUUGAACGAAUGAAUCAUCCUGAUAAAUAUCCCAUGAUAUUAUUACAAAAGGAGGUAGUCAAACCUGGGAAAAUAUUUACCGCUAAAGAUAUUUGGGAUCGAUUGAAUCGUUAUUACGAUUUUGAUGAAGCAGAUAAGUUAGAAAAUGAAGUUCCUGCCAUGGAAGAUGAUACUACGAAGGAUAAUAUUACAAAACAUGAUAAUAAUCAUGCGGAUCAAGAAAAUAAAAUACCGAAAGAUGAAAAUAAUAAUAAUAAUCAUAAUAGUAAUAUCGAGGAAGAAUAUGAUUUUGAUGAUAGUUAUCAAGAAGAAGAAAUGACUUUAUUGAAAUUGAAAUAUAAACUAUUAACCCAAAAAAGAGAUUUUGCAUUACCUUGGGCUGAAUAUGGUGAGCUCAUAUUAUCCAAUGCUAAGAAUGGAGCACCAUCAGAAGAGGAAGAAGAGUCAAAAGAUGUUAAACAGAAAGAUAUAGAGGAAAAUAAAGUAGAUAUGAAACAAGAAACAAAGAAAAUUGAGAAGGAGCUAGAGACUGUAGGGAAACCAGAGCCAUCAUCAGAGGAAUUGACACCGUCCCAAACUGAAGGAACUAAUAUUGAGAUAAAAUCGACAAGUUCGAAUGAAUCACCAAGCAAUUCACUUGGUGUUUCAAAACAAGAUACUAAAAGGACGGGACCACGUAUACGAAAAUCUGUCCGAAUUAAACCAUCUCAUCCAUCCGUCCCAGUUGAGAAUCAUAAUAAUGUAAAAGACACUACUGCAUUGAAGAAUGAAGUAGAAGUCAAAGCAGGAAGUGAAUCCAAACUAGAAGCUAAAUCAGAAGCUCAUACUCAUGCCGAAAAGAACGAAAUUUUACCACAUAUAACACUUGAUGAAACAGACGCAGUAAAUAACCCAGUCAAUGCAAAUGUAGAACUGGAAAUAGACAAAAAAGAACUGGAACUAGUGUCGAAUGAACAAAAACUUACUAUAGAAGAGAAACAAGCCGCGGAAGUACAUGAUGCUGCAGAGGAGCCCAAGCUAAUUACUAAAGAUAAAGAAGAGUUAAAAGAAGAGAGGGAAACGAAUGUGGAGAAAGUUGCAAAAGAAACUCCUAUAGAAGGGGAAAGUACACAAGCAAGUGAGACCACAGGAAAAGAAGCAAAUGAGGCCACAGGAAAAGAAACCAGAGAGACAGAGACAGAGGCGGAAGACACUGGUGGGACGCCCAAACAACCAAGAGAACAUUCCAAAGAAGAAGAAGAAAAGAAGGGAACUAUCGAGGAACCCCUCAAGGAGCACGAAAAGGAAAUGGUAAAUACAGAAGUUACUGAUGAAUUCAAAACUGGAGUCGACAAGGAACGGAAAGAAACACCAGAUCUGGAAAAAUCCAUUGAACCUACUCCUGUAAACGAAAAUGGCACUGGUGAGGGUGUUUCGUCACCAAAAGAAGAACCAAAAAGUGAUGCUAAAGCUACACUUCCUGAAGCUGAGGUGAAAAAGAAAGAACACAAUAAAGAAGCUCAAGACGAAAAAGAUGGACAAGAAGAAGCAAAAGUGGAAGAAAAACGGCCCAAGAAAAGGGGUAGAAGAUCCUCCAUACUACAAGAUGAAGAACCUAUAGGUAAAAGAACCAGACGGUCGUCUUCUCAUACUGACCUAAGUACCACAACCAGUUCACCUCCAAAGAAAAGGAAGCGCAAGCCAGUACCUGAGCCUGCGACUAGGAGGGUAUCCAGUAGACUACGUAAUAAAAAAUAG